AUGGGGAUUAUGAGUGUCCGGAACCUUGCGGUUGGGAACUCGGUUGGAGAACAAAUGGAAUCGUCCCGUGCUAUACCACCUUUCAGGUGUUAUGAGAUCGAAAAGACAAAAUUGCAUAAGGAAUGGCAAAUUUGGAAGCGAUCUUUAGAAUAUUAUUUUGAAGCAGAGGACAUUACCGAUCAGAAGAGGAAGCGAGCAAAACUGCUGCACCUCGGUGGGCCUCAACUACAGGCAGUUUUUCAGUCACUUCCAAACAGCGAGAAAUUUGCAGUGGUAUCUCUGGAGAAGGCGUAUUAUAGCGUGGCGAUCCAAGCGUUCGACGAUUUCUUUCAGCCAGGGCGACAAGACGUGUUGGAGCGUCAUAUCUUGCGAAAGAUGAAGCAACAGGACGGUGAAAGAUUUAUCGAUUUCGUCAUCAGGAUUAGACAACAAAUAAAUGAAUGUGGAGUUGACAAAUAUGAACCGGAAAUUUGUAAGAUUCUUUCGGACAUCAUGCUAACAGACAUUAUAGUCGAGGGCUGCGUGUCAGAUGAACUGAGGAAACAGAUUUUACAGAAGGACCGUUCAGUCGAGGAAAUUGAAGAAAUAGGAAAGUCGCUAGAAGGAAUCCAAAAGCAAUUGAAGGAUUUGGCAUCGAGUCGUGAAGAACCAAAACUUUAUGAACGUGUAUAUGGCAUUCAGGCCAAGCGACGUUAUCAGCCUUCAAAACAGAAUAGAGCGAGAGACUUUCAAUCGAAAUUUAAAAAUCCGGAGAUAAAAUGCUUCAAAUGUGGACUUUUUGGACACUUCUCGACCGAUGCCCGAUGUUCGGCCAAAGGAAAACUUUGCAAUCGUUGUAAGAAGUCGGGACAUUUUGAAGCCCGAUGCAGAAUGCAGCUUGGAGCUCCUCUCUGGAAAUAA